AUGGAUCUUGCUGUCGCUAAUUAUGGCACAAACAACAUCGGUAUACUACUUGGGACUGGUAACAAUACUUUUGCCAAUCCAAUCACAUUUUCCACUGGUCCUAAUUCACAUCCAUAUUCGCUUGUUGUUGGUCAUUUAAACGACGACGUCAUGCUAGAUAUCGCCGUCACCAACUAUGGAAAUAACAGUGUGGGUGUACUUCUGGGUCACGGCAACGGAACUUUUAUGCCACAAACAAUAUAUUCACUCGGUGCUGCUUCUCCUUAUUCUGUUAGCAUCGGUGACUUCAACAAGGACAACCUAAUGGAUUUAGUCGUCACCAACAAAGGCAUUGACAAUAUAGUUAUACUUUUCGGUAAUGGAAACGGCUCUUUUGCAAGUGUAGCAUCGUAUUCAACCGGAUCUUCUUCUUCAAUCUUCGUUGCUAUAGGUGAUUUAAACACAGACAAUCAUUUAGACAUUGUCGUCGUCAACAAUGACACAGACAGCAUAGAUAUUCUGUUUGGUUCUGACGAAGUCUCUUUUGAAAAUCAAAGGACAUAUUCAACUGGCCCUAAUCCAUUCUAUGUAGCUGUUGGUGACUUGAAUAAUGAUACCAGAUUGGAUAUCAUCAUUGCUAAUUGGCAAGGCAAUAGUGUAAGUGUACUUCUCGGAUAUGGAGAUGGCUCGUUUGCAGAUCAAACUACAUAUGCAACUGGCUCUUCACCACUGUCUAUAGCUGUUGGUGAUUUCAACAACGAUAUCCAAUUGGACAUUGUUGUUGCCAAUUCGGCUGACAACUCUGUUAGCGUACUUCUCGGAUAUGGCAACGGCUCUUUUGCAAAACAAACAACACAUUCAACUCGUACUUCUCCACGUUCUGUAGCUGUUGGUGAUUUUAACAAUGACACCCGAUUGGAUAUUGUCGUUGCUAAUGAGGAUAAUGACACUAUAAGUGUGUUUUUUGGCUAUGGCAAUGGCUCUUUUUCAGAACAAAUCACAUAUUCAACUGGCUAUGUUCCACUCUGCGUAGCUGUUGGUGAUUUUAAUAACGAUACUCGAUUGGAUAUCGUCGUUGCUAAUCAGUAUGGCAAUAGUGUAAGUGUACUUCUCGGAUAUGGCAACGGCUCUUUUUCAACACAAACGACAUAUUCAACUGGUUCUCAACCAUUUUCCGUAGCACUUGGUGAUUUUAACAAUGACACCAGAUUGGAUAUUGUCGUUGCUAAUUCGUUUAGCCAUACUGUGAGUAUACUUCUCGGAUAUGGUAAUGGUUCUUUCGUAGAUCAAACGACAUAUUCAACUGGUUCUUCUCCACAUUUUGUAGCUGUUGGCGAUUUCAAUAACGACACCCGAUUGGAUAUCGUUGUUGCUAGUUGGAAUGAUCAUAGUAUUCGUAUCUUUCUUGGAUAUGGCAAUGGGUCUUUUGGACAUCAAAGGACGUAUUCAACUGGCUAUUUACCAGAAUGUGUAGCUGUUGGUGAUUUUAACAACGACACGCGCUUGGAUAUCGUCGUUGCUAAUUCAGCAACCGACGAUGUUAGUAUUCUACUUCGUUAUGACAGAGGAGCUCUGGCAAACGAAAUUACAUUUGCAUCUGCCGAUGGUUCUCUUUUGCGAAGUAUGACUGUUUUUGAUUUCAAUAACGAUACCCUACUUGAUGUUGUCAUUGCGAAUUAUGGAACAAAUAGCAUAGGUCUCGUUCUUGGUAAAGGUAAUGGUACUUUUGAAAAUCAAAUUCAGCUCUCAACAGGCUUUAAUUCUCAUCCUUUCUCGGUCGCCAUUGGUGAUUUUAAUAAAGAUGGUCAAGCGGAUAUUGCAGUGGCUAACCGUGGUACUAAAAAUGUUGCAUUAUUUCUGGGAAACGGAAACGGAGCGUUUGUAGAUCAAGGUGGUUAUGGAAAUGCUUUUGAUUUUGCUCCAUUAUUCAUUGCUGCUGGUGAUUUCAAUAAUGACGGGCGUUCAGAAAUUGUUGUCGCACAUGAGGACAUUGAUAAUGUACAUGUACUUGUUGCAUAUGAUACUGGCUUUUUUGUAAGACAAGCAACAUAUUCAGCUGGCGCUUCACCACAAUCUGUAGCUGUUGGUGAUUUUAACAACGACACCCGAAUGGAUAUUGUCAUUGCUAAUUGGAAUGGACACAGUAUAAGUGUAUUUAUUGGAUAUGGUAAUGGUUCUUUUGCAGAUCAAACUACCUAUUCAACUGGCUCUUAUCCACACUCCGUAGCUGUUGGUGACUUUAACAACGAUACGCGACUGGACAUCGUCGUUGCUAAUUGGCAAGACAAUAGUAUAAGUGUAUUUAUCGGAUACGGCAAUGGGUCUUUUGCAGAUCAAAGGACUUACUUAGCUGGCUCUGCUCCACACUCGCUUGCUGUUGGUGACUUUAACAACGAUACUCAGUUGGAUAUUGUUGUUUCUAAUUCGAAUGACAACACUCUUAGUAUACUUCUUGGAUAUGGUAAUGGGUCAUUUGCACAUCAAAGGAUAUAUUCAACUGGCCUUACGCCACACUCUGUAGCUGUUGGUGACUUUAACAAGGACACUCGAUUAGAUAUCGUCGUUACUAAUUGGAAAGGCGACAGUGUAAGUAUACUAAUUGGACAUGGCAAUGGCUCUUUUGUAGAUCAAACAAAAUAUUCAACUGGAUUAUAUCCAAAUUAUGUAGCUGUUGGUGAUUUUAACAAUGAUACUCGAGUGGAUAUCGUCGUUGCUAAUCAAUAUGGCAAUAAUGUAAGUGUACUUCUCGGAUAUGGCAACGGCUCGUUUGCAAAACAAAUGACAUAUUCAACUGGCAUUCAGCCAUUCUCCAUAGCUUUGGGUGAUCUUAACAAUGAUAACCGAUUGGAUAUCGUUGUUUCUAAUGUGGGUGACGACACUGUUAGUGUACUUCUAGGAUAUGGCACUGGUUCUUUUGCAAAAGAAACAACAUAUUCAACUGGCGCUGCACCACAAUUUGUAGUUGUUGGUGACUUUAACAACGACACUCGAUUAGAUAUUGUCGUUGCUAAUUCGGAUGUUGACACUAUAAGUGUGUUUCUUGGACAUCUCAAUCUAGCUUUUGAACAACCAAGGACACUCAUAACUGGCAAUGGAUCUCGACCGAAAUCGUUUGCUAUUGGAGAUUUCAAUAAUGACAGUCAAAUAGACAUUGUAGUCGCGAAUUCUGGCACUAACAGCGUAGGUAUUUUUUUCGGACAUGGUAAUUUUUCUUUUACAAAUGAAACGACAUUUUUAACUGGCUCUACUCCAAUGUCCGUUGCAGUUGGUGAUUUCAACAAAGAUACCAUACUUGAUAUCGUGGUCACUAAUCAUGGCGACGAUAAUGUUGGAAUAUUUCUUGGAUUUGGUAAUGGCUCAUUUUUGAAACAAAGAACGUUCACAACUGGUUCUAGUUCUCAACCUUAUGCAGUCACUAUUGGCGAUUUCAACAACGACAAUUUACUAGACAUUAUCGUUGCCAAUUAUGGCAUAAAUAAUGUGGGCGUAUUACUUGGCUAUGGCAAUGGGUCAUUCGCAGAUGUAAAGUUUUUUUCGACAGGUUAUGGAUCUCUUCCUUUCUCAGUUUCCAUUGGUGAUUUUAACAAUGAUGAAAAGUUGGAUUUUGCAGCUGCCAACGAAGGUACUGACAAUUUAAAAAUUUUCUUACAGACUUGUUAA